GAAGUGAUGGAAAGGGCUGUGGCUUGCGGACAUUGUUGACAAUGCAACCUUCCACCAUUGGAUGACGGAAUUUCAUAUACCCAGGUUUCUGCUGGCGCCUUGCACACAGUACUUCUCCGAAGUGAUGGCAGGGCUGUAGCUUGCGGACAGAAUUCGGUUGGACAAUGCACCAUUCCACCAUUGGAUGACGGAAUUUCAUAUACCCAGGUUUCUGCCGGCGCCAAUCACACAGUACUUCUCCGAAGUGAUGGCAAUGCUGCGGCUUGUGGAAGCAACAUGGGUGGACAAUGCACCAUUCCACCAUUGGAUGACGGAAUUUCAUAUACCCAGGUUUCUGCUGGCGCCUUGCACACAGUACUUCUCCGAAGUGAUGGCAAUGCUGUGGCUUGCGGACAGAAUUCGGCUGGAGAAUGCACCAUUCCACCAUUGGAUGACGGAAUUUCAUAUACCCAGGGUUCUGCUGGCACCAUGCACACAGUACUUCUCCGAAGUGAUGGCAGGGCUGUAGCUUUCGGAGGGAAGACUUCUGGACAAUGCAACCUUCCACCAUUGGAUGACGGAAUUUCAUAUACCCAGGUUUCUGCUCGCGCCAUGCACACAGUACUUCUCCGAAGUGAUGGCAGGGCUGUAGCUUUCGGGGGGGACACUGCUGGACAAUGCAAACUUCCGACUCCUGAUCCAGGGACAUGGUACGUUGCAGAUGUGUCAGUUGGUCAAAACCUUGUGUUACAACUAGAGUGUGCUCGUCAAGAUGAUGCUAUGCUGCUGACUUGCUCCGGUCUCACUGGGCAAGAAACGAUACGUUUGAAUGCCAGUCCAUCUGAUCCUGCCUGGAAUACGCAGAAACGCAUCGCGCGUGAAUUGCAGGUUCCACUCCAAAGUCUUCGAGUGGUCUUACCUGACGGACAGUUGUUGGCCGCAGUCUGCCAGGCAAAGCCAGGGGCCAGCCUUGCAGAUGUCAGUGAAGCUCGAAAGCUUCGGUGUCUCAGCUAGCUUCGAAUCGGACAGAAUUGGAUGGAAA